AUGAAGGCAACUACACGACACAGAAAACGUUCAAACUGUGAUGUUUGUGGGAAAUCAUUUGCUCAAAGUAAUAACCUCAAAAUUCAUAUGUUUACACAUACUGGAGAAAAACCUUUUAAAUGUAAUCACUGUGAAAUGGCAUUUACCACUAACAGUAAACUUAAAGUACACAUAAGAGUACAUACUGGAGAGAAACCAUAUAAAUGUGAUGUUUGUAGUAAAUCGUUUGUGUAUAUCAGUAGUUAUAAAGAUCAUUCUGUAAAAAUUCACGAAAAACCCUUUAGUUGUGGUGUUUGUGGUAAAUCUUUUACACUCCAGGAAUACCUCAGAAAACAUGUUGUAUUACACACUGCUGAUAAACCUUAUGCUUGUGGAGUUUGUAGUAAAAAAUUUCUGAAAUUCGCAGGCCUAAAAAGUCAUAUGAAAAUUCAUACUGGAGAGAAACCCUAUACGUGUGGUAAUUGUAAUAAAUCUUUUAUUCAAGUUGGACAGUUAAAAUUUCACAUGAUGCUUCAUUCUGGAGAGAAACCAUUUAAAUGUGACUUUUGUGAUAAGACUUUUACUAGAAAAACUCAUGCCAUGGCACAUCAAUCAACACAUACUGGUGAUAAACCUCAUAAAUGUGAUAUCUGUAGUAAAUCAUUUACUCAUAUUUGUGAGCUGAAAAACCAUCUGCGAGUUCAUACUGGAGAGAAGCCAUUUACUUGUAACGUUUGUUUCAAAGCUUUUGCAUACUCGUCUAGUUUUAAAAGACAUUUACAAAUUCAUUCUAUGGACAAACCAUUCUGUUGUGGUGUUUGUGGUAGGUCUUUUAUUCUCCUGUCUUAUUUAACUAGACAUAUUAAAAUACAUUUGUGA